AUGACUGAAACACCAAUAUUUAAUACAAGUGUUAUCAUUGAAAACCUCAAAAAUGAAACUACUGGUAAACUUUUAAAUGCCGAAAAAGAACUUGAAAUAUCUUUCAUUAAACAGCAAAUGCUUAAAAAGCAACAAGAAAGAAGUAGGUUAUUCGACAAAUUAAAAAUAACUAUUCCAGAAAACAAUUCUCUGGAAAUAAAUGACACAAGUAUGGGACAGGAAACAAAAAACUCAAAGCCAAUUCAAAAAAAAAAAUAUCAAACCGUUACCCAUGCAACUGAUUCGUUGCCCUCUUAUGAAGAAAUAAUUUCCAAAUCAACAGAAUAUAAAGACGAACAGCUAGAUAAUUCAUCGCAAAGCACUGUGGGCUUGGUUGUUUUUGCCAAAAACGACAAAAAUCAAGCAGCACCUAGUGAAAAGUUAAUUUCUGGUAUGAGACAAAAUCCAGAAAUGUUAAACUCAGAUUUAGCUGCUGUGGAAGUUGGAACCAAAGCAAAUACUGAAAAUUCCCUCCCAAAAAAUGAAGAUGUACAAGAAAGCAAAAAUGUUUUUGUGGUUGCUGAACCAUUAGAUUCGGAUAGAUUGGUGGGUAUUGGAGAAUUGCCAUUACAAAAAAUGAAAUUAACAGCUAGAAAUGGCGCCUAUUUUAAUCUAAUGGUCGUCGGUCAAAGCGGUUUAGGUAAAACAACUUUCAUCAACACUCUUUUUGGUACUUCUAUUUUGCCCAAUAUUUGGAAUCAAAUAGAAAGCUUAAUGAAAACACCCAAUGUUACUUUUAAUAAAACUACAUCGAUUGUUAGGCAUACAAGCAUUUUGGAGGAAAAAGAUAUUUCCUUGAAAUUCACUGUUAUUGACACUCCUGGGUUUGGUGACUGUUCGAAUAAUUCAUUUUCAUGGGAGCCAAUCACUAAUUACAUUGACGAACAAUUUAGAAGCUAUAUGUUUCAAGAAGAACAGCCAGACAGGAGUCCCAUAGAAGACAGAAGAGUACAUUGCUGUUUGUAUUUCAUUCAACCCUCAAACAAAGGAUUAAGCACUUUAGAUAUUGAGAGCAUGAAAGAAAUUUCCAAAAGAGUGAACUUGAUCCCGAUUAUAGCUAAAGGCGACGGUUUGCUGCCUAAAGAUUUACAGAUUUUUAAAAAAACAAUCAGAAGUAUUCUCCAAGCUCAAAACAUAAAAAUAUGUGAAUUUAUUCAAAAGGAAAAAGACCCAGGUUGUAGUUUAAUUUUUAAGGAUUUCCCCUAUUCCAUCAUUGGAUCAGAGUCCAAAACUUUAAAUGAAGAGCAUAAACUAGUAUAUGGUAGGAAGUACAAAUGGGGUGUUUCGGAGGUAGAAAAUGAAAAACACUGUGAUUUUGUUAAAUUAAGAAAUGUUUUGAUGAAGGAAAAUUUGGUUGAUCUUGUCUUGAGUACUGAAGCUUAUUAUGAAAAGUGUAGAACAAAAUUGUUGGAAACUAGAAUUUUGCAAGCUAAGGAUAGUUUGAUCAACGUUUCUGGUGUGAAGAAAAAAGAUGAGGAAGUGAUAAAUAUUGGUAUUACCAAAAAAGGAUUAUCUGAGUUGGACUUUGAUAAUUUAAAUUCAAACAAAUUGGACAAUUAUAAGUGCUACUACAUUUUUGAUAAACUGUAUAUGGAUGAGUUGGUAAUCGAAUGGUCUCCGAUUUUUAUCCAUAAGCAAUGGGAAGCCAAGCAAAAAUUCAAUGAAAUUGUUUUAUUGGAGGAAAAAAAAUUUAAAGAUUGGAAAAAAGCUUUAUUUAAUAGACAAACAGGGUUUAAUAUCGAGAUUGAAAAUUUGCAUAAGAAAGUCAAAUUGCUCCAAAAAAACUGUCAAGAGUUGGAAAAAAACAUUAAUAUGUCAAGAGAACUCUUCAACCAUCCGCACAAACUAGCAAUGAAAAAUCCCAUUUUGGCCAAGGAGCUUUCGCCAAAAUUGUAUCACAAUUAA